GGUUCCACUCCCAUGUCCUACAGCUCACAUGCCGUUCUCAGUCCGUCCACGUAUCAUCUUUAAUUUCCUCAAGUUCGCCAUCCCCCUCUCGCUCGCUAUCAUCUACUUCGUCCAUCACUUCUUCGAACCACACUUCCACAUCGACCUCGUCUUCUACAACCGUGACUGGAUAAACGACGAUAUCCUACCUGUCCUCUCUCUCGCGGGCUGCUUCGAGCCUGAAAGAAUCAGCAGCAGUUACAACAUCACCGAGUCGAUAUAUGGCAAAAAACGUUAUGAGGUCCAGGCAGGUCUGCCGAUGAGAAUGGGCAUGGAUUGCUACGAAUUUGCGGGCACCGUCAAGGACACGCUCGACCAUUCGUCUCACAACACCUACAUCCCACCAGACCAACGCGUCCAGUACCACACGUACUGGAGAAACGACUUGGCCCCAUUGGGGGCAAGGCAGGAGUGGAUGCUCAAGUCCUUCUUCGCCACGCAAAACAUUCCCAACUCGCGCCUCAUCAUGUGGUCCAAUGGAGAUCUGAGCCCAAACCCGAUUCUGCAGAAAUACCAGAGGUUGUUCCCGGAUUCGUUCGAGUUGCGCAUCGUGGAUAUCCCGGACCUGGCGAGCGGCACGGCGAUGGAGCAUAGCAAACUUCUUCGGUUGAAUGAUCCCAAGGCGUGGGUCGACGGGGACUUGGUCAGGCUGUUGGUGAUAUACGCUUUUGGUGGCGUAUGGCUCGACAUGGAUUUGCUGUUGACGAGGAGCGUAGAACCGCUGUUAGAGCACGAAUUCGUCACUCAGUGGGAUUGCUACGACAAAACCUAUCAGGCCCUCAAUGGCGCCCUCAUGCACUUCCGUCAACACUCCCCUUACCUCUGCGAAGCCUUUGACAUCAUGGCCAACUCCAAACCGCCCCGCUCACCCUCCACCGACUGGGGUGCCAUCCUCUACCUUAAACUGUGGAGACGGCUCGUCGCCUCGUCGAUCCCCCCAUUCAAAGUCCUUCCUUUCUGUUUCAGCGACGGCCUUGCGUGCACCCCAGGCAAUCGCCUCCCCGACCCUUUCGUGCCUGACAGGUCAGACCACAAGUGGGCUCUAGGCCUCAAUGUACUAGAGGGCGGCGGGCUCCAGGAUGCGCUUGGGAAGGUCUUUUCGGUUCAUUUGCAUAACCGAUGGGAAAAGCAAUUCCCGGAUGGUGGAUGGGUAGAUAGGUUACUACUCCGCAAGUACGACAAGAAGCUGCGCGAGAUGGAUAAACUUGGUUGAAGAGGAGGUGACGUUGGGGCGUGGAGAAAGUAUUGUAUUGUAUGAAGUCUCCCACCGGGACUGGGUUAAUGGUGUUGUUUGCUCGUACAUAUGUUUUGCGCUUUUAUUUCUUUUCAACCGGACAUCACCAUUUUUGUUCAUCAUGACACGACAAACGAUGAUGAACUGGAAGUGGCAUGCCACGACAAACACGAGUUUCAAAAUCUUAUCAAACAUACCGAUGAAAUAUCUAGAAUUCUGUUGGCCGUUAAGAUAGGACAUGCUAUUAAUUAGAUUGACUGUCUGCACGAUGUAGUGUUGCUGGGAGUUGAACAUACUAGACCAUUGAGCGUUUCACUGCAACGUUUUUGCACCUUGUGAGCGUCGAUAUCCGGUGUGGCAGUGCACCGGCCGGGAUAUGUGAAGAAGCGCCGAAAAAAAAAGAUGUGUGGGGGGGAACUUGAAAUCGCAAAGAGGUCAUACCAGGCAAAGACAGCGUGCAAGUCUGAUAAAAGCCUCGAAAACUUGAAAGAAAAAAACAUGGGUGAUCUCACGUCGUUUGCAGUACACCGCUGCAGAUUCAUCGACUUCGCCCCUUCACCCAUCAACGCCCUCGCGUUCCCGCCUCUCCCGCUGCCUUCGUUAAAGGGCAAGACACCUGAGAAUGAACGGGCGCGGACGAGGGAAAAACUGUUUGGGACGCUGGCUGUCGGACGCGCGAACGGGGAUAUAGAGCUUUGCGAAUGGUCGGGCGAAGAGGGUGCGCAUCAGUCUGCACAGGCGUGGGUCGUGCAAAAGACUCUAGCAGGUCCAUCUCCAUCAAAAGUAGACUCGCUGGCGUUCACGCUGCGACACCCAGAUACCUUUACACCCACCCACGUUCCCUCCCACUCUGACCUCCGACUGUUUAGUUCGGGGGGAGGGAGCGAGGUUGUCGAGUGGGACCUCCAGCGCGGUUGCGUACGCCGCACGAUCAGCUCGCAAGGCGGCUCGAUCUGGUGUAUAGCUGCAAAUCCCGCUUCCACACUGCUCGCACUCGGCUGUGAAGAUGGCUCCGUACACUUGCUCUCUCUCGCAGCCGACACGCUCACGCACCACAGACGCUUUGACCGCGUCAAGAGCCGUCUGCUGAGCUUAGCCUGGGGCCCUCCCGUUCCUCGCCCACCGCGCAGAAAAAAUGAUGCGCAGAAAAACGGGGACCUGGACGCCAGCGACGAUGAAGACGAUGACGAGGAUGAAUGGAGUGACUCGUGGCUCGUCACAGGCGGGUCUGAUAGCUGUUUACGAAAAUGGAACGUGGCCACUGGGGGUGUGCUAUACAAGAUGGGCACGGAUAAGGUCAGAGGGGAGCGGACACUCGUAUGGGCUGUUGGCGUACUUGGUGAUGGAACGAUUGUAUCGGGAGAUUCCCUCGGUUCUGUCAAGUUUUGGGAUUCUAAAAUGUGUACUCAACUACAGAGCUUUACUGCCCAUGGAGCAGACGUUCUGUGUUUAACUAUAGGACCUGAGGGUCACACCGUCUAUACCUCAGGCGUCGACCAAAAAACGGUGCAAUUCUCCUACGUUGCAUCCGACCCAACCAAACCAUCGUCUGCACCGAGCUCACCAAGCCGAUGGAUACAGUCUUGCUCACGGCGGAUGCACUCGCACGACGUGCGCUCGCUCGCCAUCUGGCCCCCAUAUUCGCCUCUCCCCCACUCCUACAACCGCAAAAUAUACAACGGACAGCCCAUCGCCCCCGUCCUCGCGUCAGCCGGAUUGGACAUGUCCGUCGUGCUGACCCCCGCGCUCUCCACCAUGAUGACCACCUCGAUGAUCGCACCGCGUAUAGUCAAUCCGCUGGCGACAAGUGCGGUAUCGACGUUCGAGGAUGCGUACUAUCGGCGCGUGCCGUACAGCUCUACGAUAUGCGUCGCACGGCGGGCGCGUCUCAUCGCGUGUAUGCAGGAGACGGGAUUGAAUAUAUGGCGGAUCCUAGAGCGCGCCGAAGUAGACUCGGAUCCAGGUGGGCUGAAUGGUGGGGAGGAAAGGAGCGCGUGGAAGAAAAUGGUGGAGAUGGAUAUCCACACCCGUACCAAUCUGAUCGCUUGUGCGUUGUCCGAUGAUGGGCGUUGGUUGGUGGUGUCUGAUUUGUACGAGGCGAAGUUAUUUGAGCUGAUAACUACCCCUGCAGGAGACCUAAAACCAAGACGUAUAAAGUCCUUCGCCUCCGCCAUACGGUCGCAGCUGUCCCCCGACGACCCCUCACUAGGAGGCAGCGCUUUCGCAUUCACGCCCGACUCUUCAAAACUUGUCAUGGCGACUGCCACGACAGCAUAUAUCCUCAUCGUCGAUCUCAGCAUGGAAGAUCCCGUCGUGUUGAGACGUUUUGACCAGCAUCGGAAUAAGGGGCCAGCAGACGGACGGAUGAAGAAGAAAUCCAAAAUGAACGGGACUUGGGACGACGACGACCCAUCGAGCCAUGCAACAGCAGCUGUUAACAGGCUCGCAGUCAGUCCAGAUGGACAAUGGCUGGCGACAUCAGAUGACCUCUGUCGAACUUACAUUUUCAACCUUGACUCCAGCCAGUAUCAUACCACUUUGCCAUCGCUGCCAUUUCCGCCCAACGUACUCAGCUUUCUUCCUGAAAAUCCCCACAUUCUUCUGUCAGCUCUGCCAAACAAUUCUUUACACCUCUUCGAUAUUGAGCGUAAUGAGGUCCCGCCGUGGGCACGGGAACUGUGUCGACGACUACCAAAAAGGUUCACGGAUGCGCUUGAUCCAGUCUUGGGUUUGUCGUUUGUUCCAGCCAGAAGCAGUACGGUGGGAGUGGACCAGGGCUCGUUGGAGCAGCCGCAGACCGCAAAGGACGCACUCUUCUGGAGUUCAACGUGGAUAUGCAAGGUCAAGCUCGACGUGCCCAGCAGCUGGGGCAGCUCCAAAAAGCGCCGUCAACCCGAAGAACGAGACGCUCGCCAUCUCGUCGAAGUAUCCGUAUCGGAAGAGGCCGCAAACUUCAAGAUGGUCACCCACUUCCGCUCCAUUCUUGCCGUCCACUUUCUUGACAGCGAUGAGCUCGUGGUGGUGGAGCGUCCGUUGGUGGAUGUGUUGUCCAAACUGCCUCCAGCCUAUUUCAAACCAAAGUAUGGCCGCACGUAGAUCUGAUGGUUGUACAGGUGUUUCUUGCCUUAUAUAUAUUUUUGGGUCAAUUGAAUACCUUGUAUAUCGAGACAGCUUCAGCAUCAUAUGUUCUUUGUUCUGACGU